AGCGGCGAGUGCUUUCGGUGGUGGAUUAUCCACAGUGACAGGGUCUGCACGCUCUGCUGCGAGUUACUCAGCUCCGACAACUUCUUCUCCAGGGCGGACUCGGAGAAAGACGACAUCUCUUCUCUCCAGAACCUGGUUGCUCUCGCUGAGCUGGAGGAUUGUGCCCGCGGAUGGCUCUGAUCGAUGACCCCAAGGCGGCCUUUGCCGCUCUGCGGCCCGUGUGUGUGCCUCUGAUGCGGGAGCAGACAGUGGGGAACGUGGAGCGGCUCCGCGGGCAGCUGCGAGGGGUGAGCGAUGCGGCCCUGCAGCAGCUGCAGGAGUAUGUCCUCUUCCCCCUGCGCUUCAUCCUCAAGUCUCCCGGCUCCAAGAAGGAGAGCUUGAUCCAUGCCGUAGUGGAGUGCGUUGGCUACGUCCUGGCCAACACGUGUGUGCAGAGCUGGGACUUACUCCGGGCCGUCUUCUCAGAGCUCUGCCUCUGCCUGUGUUCUCCGACGAACCCUGGCAAGCCGGCUCCCGUAUCCGAAGAGCUUAAAAUGGCUGUCCUCAAAAGCCUGGACGCCCUGCUGCACGCCGCCUACGGAGACAUCUUCCUACAGCUCUAUCAGCCAGCCAUGCUGCCUGGUGUGGGACUUGCCAUCUCCCUGCUGCUCGAACUGGGAGAGCGAGAGAAGGCCAGGAAUGUCCAGGCAGCUGCGCUGAAGUGUCUGCAGGUUCUGCUCCUGCAGUGUGACUGCCCUGAGGGACACGUGUCGAUGACUCAGGAUGAGAAACGGAUCCUGGGUAGCACCUUUGCCUCUUUUCUACCGGGAAUCACUGUUAGCUUGUCUAGAGUUGUUACUGGAGAUGUCAAGCAAGGUCAUGCAGUGACAGUAAGUGCAAUGAGGAUCUGGUACAAGACUGUAGGCCUGGUCAUGGCUGAUGACCAAUUCUCUAGGACAAAUGACAUAGAGAAACCAGCAGUGGAGCUGGGGAGGGCUGCAGAGUUGGUGGUGCAGGUAAACGAGGAAUGGGCCAAGGACACUUCAGCAAAACUGGCAAUCCUCCUGAAGAAAAUUAUUGCAUGUACUUCUGCUCAUCAGCACUGGAAAGUAAGACUGGAGCUGGCAGAGUUUGCAAACCAUCUCCUUUCUAGCUGCCAUAGCUACCUGGGGGACUGUAUUGGACUACUUCUGGAGGCUCUGGUGGGUCUGGUGAAUGAUGACAACACAACAGUCCAGGAAAGGUGUAAUGAAGCCUUACAUGGGAUAGCCCAGCGGAACCUGACUGAGCAGAACCGGACACUCACAGAUGUUCUGUCAGAGAACCUGCACUCGCUUGCCACUGUUCUUCCUCGCCUGAUGAGGACAUCAGAUGAUCGUCACAAGAUCUUCACUUUGAAUGUUUUCUUGGGGUACCUGAAGAUGCUUGGGCCUCGGGUGAGAGUGGUGCUGAACUCGGCAGCUCACCUCCAGCGUGUCUCAAAAGCUCUGAUGCAGGUUCUGGAACUGGAUGUGACCGAUGUCCACAUUGUGGAGGGGAGGAGCUCUCAGGAUGUGGAAGAACUAGAAUCCAGGCCCUACGAAACCCAGACUCAGAGAAAAUACUUCCAGUGCUUCACAGAUGUAAAGAUAUUCACCUUGCUUCGGCAAAUUUGCAGGUCGCUUGGUUACUAUGGAGAUCUCUAUCUGUUGGUGGACCAUUUCAUAGACCUCUACAGGGAAUCUUCUAUCUACAGAAAGCAAGCUGCCUUAGUUCUCAAUGAAGUCAUUGCAGGAGCUGCUGGCAUAGAUAUGGAAGAGAUUCAAAAGCAGAAUCUAACAAACCAGGAAGAUGUAAAAGCAGCAGUGACGUCUAUCAUUGAGGAAUACAUCAGCCCAAGCAACUGGUAUUUAGCUACCAAUAAAGAGGAGUCUCAGAAAGGGGAGAAUAACCUCUUUGGUCAGUCUCACAUGCUAUCCAUUACAAAUGAAGCACAAGGGGACUGUCUUCAGUUCUCAUCUGUGAACAAAGUCUUGACUGUUCAUCAAAUGAACAGCAACAUCUGGCAGAUCUGCAUCCAGCUGGAAGGGAUAGGAUGUUUUGCUGUCGCUAUGGGGAUCGAAUUUCGUUUGCUCCUCUUGACAACCUUAUACCCUGUUCUGGAAAAGGCUGGGGAUGCAACACUGCUGAUCAGCCAGUCAGCUCUGGGUGCGAUGAGGGAUUUCUGCAGUGCCUGUAGGUAUGACUCCUUAAAGGACCUCAUCAGUGAAAACUCAGACUACCUGGUCAAUGAUAUCUCUCUGAACCUACAGAGGCUGAGCCAGCACCCCCAUGCCACCUGUGUCCUUAGUGUAAUAUUUAGCCACUCAGACAUCAACCUGCUGCCAUUGGUGGAGGACAUCAUUCAGGAUGUGUUGAUGGCCUUGGAUUACAGCUACAAUGAAAGGGCAUUGAUGUUCUGCACGGUACUGCUUUCACUUAUGAAGGCUAUAGCGAGGUGGUUCCCAGCCAAGGGAGAGGGAGAACACACUGGACCAGCCAGCGAGAAGGAGGCAGCAGACCGGAACGAUGUGUUUGAUGCGAGGCAGUUUCUGCUGGACUACCGCAGGCAGAAGGAGCUGGCAGAAGGCAACGCUGGGGAAGAGGAGGCGGAUAUGGAAGAUAAAGAACCAGCGCCACCAGCCCCCGAGCCAGAGGUGGAUCUGGAGCCUGAUGGGAAAGCUGUUCUUCCGCCCCACAUUGCCAUAGCCAAGGAAGUGAUGGAGAGGUGCAUCCACUUGCUGUCGGACCCCAGCCUGCAGCUCAGGCUCAAGGUCCUGGACGUGCUGGAGCUGAGCGUCGGCGUGCUGCGGAGCCGGGAGCAGGAGCUGCUGCCCAUGGCCCACCGCGUCUGGCCGCCCCUCCUGCGCCGGCUGACCGGCGACGACCCGCUGGCUGUGUUGCGGGCCUUCAAGGUGCUGUGCACACUGGGAGAGAGCUGUGGAGAUUUUCUAAGGAGCAGAGUGUCCAGAGAGGUGCUGCCACAAGUCACAGGCUCCCUGGUGAAGCAGGCCCCAGUAAGCGCCAAAGCUGGGCCCAUCUACACCCACACCUUGGCCUACAAACUGCAGCUGGCCGUGCUGGAGGGUCUGGGGGCCCUGUGUCUCCGGCUGGAUCUAGGGGAUGCUGACCUGGCUGCUGUUUGUGAAGCCUGCCUGCCCUACCUCAGCUGCAGACAGCCUCCCAAGCUGCAAGAAGCCUGCCUCAGUGUGUUUCGGCAUCUAAUCCAGAUCGACCCAGAUGCCUUGUGGUUCGCUCUGAACGAGCUCCACUGUCCCCACGUGUACGAGCCCGAGUACCCAGAGCUGCAUGCCGUGAGGCUAACCGGCAUGGGCAGACCGAGGAACGAAUUCACGGACAACAUUGUCAAACUACUGGCUCAGAUGCAGUGACUGCGGAGAGGGGAGGAUUCACCUAUGAAAGAAGCUGCCUACCCUAGGGAAUUUUCCGCUGCUUGCGCUGUUCCGCUGGUGGCUGGCGCAGUUAUUCUUAAGUGUAUGUAGUUUGGCAGUGAAGGGAAGAGGGAUCUGGAAAAGAAGAGGCUGGUCUCUCUGUAGGUGCAUUAAAACAGAAUUCAAACUUGCACAGGCACUGAAAGACAGAGCUUUGAGGCUGAUGUCCCUUUUUUGGAUGAAGGUGGCCAGACCCAGAGUGUUUCUUAAUUAAUAAUGCCAAAGGGGGUUUGAUAAUUGUGCUGCCUGAAACCGUAAUUGGAUUUUUCAAAUACUCUAUAAAUUAUUUAGAUGACCAGCACUGCGCUGCAUAAUACCAGCGCCUGGGGAAUAACAGGCUUCAGUGCAGCAAUUAAAGCCGUUUUGGUUGACACCGCAGUUAAAAUCCCACCUGGAGAGAAACCUCGAACAGUUCUGUCCUGGCAGGGAGAAGGGGGAGCUCCUGCAGGAGAGAAGCUGUGCACAAGCAGGCCAAAGACUCUGUCCUAAUCACACUCCCUGAGCUGUUCCUUCUGGCAUUCGGAAGUGAAAUUUUUGUUCCUGUUUUAAAAAAAGCCACAGGAGCCAAGAGUUCUUGUCAUGUCACCGAACAGUGCUAUGCUAAAUAAAAGCAGGUAGACUUCAAAGAAGUCUUGUCCUGUAAUGUCCAUCCCAGGUCACUUGAAGCUGUAUGUUUUUCUGAUUUAUGUGUUCUCUAAUUUGACUUUUUUCACCAUCUGUUUUUGAUUAAGUUUUGAUAUAAACAUUUUGAUAGAUUUAAAUCCUGGUACAUUGAACAAUAAACCAUAUUGGUUAAUUGUUUUAUUAUACUUCUAGGUUUAAGCCUCAGAUAUUGUAAGAAUGACAAUGAAAGUGUAAAUUAGUUUUUUCUCUAUUAGUUUUUGACAGUGUUGAUACUGUAAUGAUCUCUAAUCUAAGUAAACACGCUUUCAACUCCUGUAUAACAACCACUUGUUCAAGCUGUAAAGAACCUAUUCAUUUGCUGAUCUUCACAAAGCUGUCAUUGGCACAGACCUUGACUUUUAAUUGCAAUCAAAUCUCAUCCUUGAUUCUCAGUGUAGAGAAUGAUGCUGUGAUUGUGACUUUGCUGUCCAAGGUUAUUUCUUUUCAUGUGAAGAACGCACAUCAAAGCAGUGUU